AUGCCAAAAUCCAACAUCAUGCAAGGCAAGCCAAAUUCACAGCCAACACUUCCCGUAGACAAACCCGCAUCAGUCUUCAAUUCCUUCGACUCCCUUCCCGCAGAACUCCAAACCCGCAUCAUCAAAUACGCUUGGAACAAUGCCAUCCACGCAUCCCCCCGCCAUCUCCACGCCGACAUCAAAUUUCGCCGACCCCAUUCUGCAGCCUCUGUACUAGCAGCAAGCAUUCCCUGCUCAGUACUUUACCGAGUCCACGCCUCUGUCAAUCGGGACAUCACCCUGCACCUAACCAGCAAGUUCUUCUCCGCCGAAUGCAAAUUCCUCGCUGCUGCGACGCAUCACCUCCACCUCCCCGUUUCCAACUCACAGGAUGGAAGCGAAUCCGGCGCGACCAAACCCUGCCUCUUCAUCCCAGACAUAGAUACCCUACACAUCAACAUUAAAGGCGAAAUCACUUACAAACACACCGUCCUCUCCGCUGUCGCCAUCCUACCUAAAGCCAUCCGGGAGAUGGUCAAACAUAUCGAUAUCGACUAUACAGAUGCACAGGAUAUGCUUGAGCUGUGCUUGCAACUAGGGCCGAAGGGCAGUCUUACGAGCUUGAUCGGCGGGCUUGGAGCGCCGGAUUUGGAGACUGUGACGAUCUCGGGAGGAGAAGGGGGUGGAGAUGAGGGUUAA